AUGGCACCGGGGCUGCGGGGGCCGCGGGGCCGCGGUGCGCGCUCGGGUUCCAGUAGCUCCCGACGGAGCAGGGACGCGCAGCUCGGCGGCCGCUGCGCCUCGGGGGCUCGCCCAGCCACUCCUCCCUCGCUCCCCGUAGCCUGUGCUGCCUGGUGCCACCGAGCUGCUGCCGCGCCCUCCUCAGGGAGACGCACCUCGCCGGCCCCGCGAGCCCCGCACACCAACUUCUGCCCGGCGAGCCCAACUUGUGCGCGGGCCUCGGACCUGCGGAGCCGGGGCAGCGCACGGCGUGCUGUCCGGGUGGCGGCCAAAGCCGCUCCGCCCCGCGGAGAGGACCUCGCGCCUGUGGCUCUGGGGCCUCCGCGCCUGGGUGGUCGCCGGCUGGCCGCCAGGCAGCGCCCUGCCGCUCCGGCCGGGCAUGGAAGUGGCGCCCGCGCGCUCUGGGACUCUGGGGAGAGCGGGCCCUGUGCGCCUCCCCCCCCGCGCGGACCGGGGGCUCGGCGCAGCCGGAGCCUUUCCCUCCGCGAAGGGACGGGGAGCGCGAGCUGCCGGCCGGGAUCUUGUGAGUUGUCCCAAGCGGAGCGCGGCGGGAACGCUGUCACCAGAAACUGGGACCAGGGGCUCUGUGCUUUCCACCCGACUGAUACUUUCUCAGAGCCCGACAGAAUGGCCGCCAGAUUUGGGUGUGUGCGUGGCCAUGUUUGUGAAGAGCAGCAACUGCAUGUGGUGGCCCUUCCACCCCCGUGGGCCCAGGCAUUCACAUGCACCGUCAAGCUCUGGAGGCAGGGCUGUGCUGGCCCAAGAUGGUGUGUGGGUUAUGAAAGAAGUGCUAGGCCACUGCAGCUGGCUGGUUUAAGCUCCAUGAAAACAUCUGCCCAAGAUGCCAUCUCAGCUGUCUCUGCAGUGGGGACUUGUUUUAAUGGAAGGAGGUCCUCAGGUGGUGAAACCCAGAGGUGCCAGUGUUCAGAGGGUUUUCAUGGACCCCACUAUCAAUAUGAUGUAAACGAAUGUACCACUGACAAUGGUGGCUGUCAGGACCGGUGCUGUAGUACAAUUGGCAGUUAUUACUGCAAGUGUCAAGCUGGCCAGAAGCUGGAGGAGGAUGGCAGAGGAUGUGAAGAUGUCGAUGAAUGUUCAGUGGUGAAUGGAGGCUGCCAGCAGCGCCGUAUUAACACUCUGGGCACCUUCCACUGUGAAUGUGAUACAGGAUCCAGACUCCAUGCUGAUGAACGCACCUGCAUAAAGAUGGACCCCUGCACAGGUGGAAAUGGAUGUGCCCACAUUUGUCAGAGUGAAAAUGGUGUGGCCAGGUGUGCCUGUCACCCACGGUACCAGCUGUCUGAAGACAAAAAAAAACCUGUGGAUGUUAACGAGUGUGCUGAAGGGCUUGCUCGCCAUGGCCAUCGCUGUGUGAACACGGUGGGAUCUCUCACUCAUGCCUGCCACCCUGGCUUGGAGCUGGGGGCUGAUGGGAAACAGUGUUACAGGUUUGAAUUGGAAAUUAUCAAUAGCUGUGAAAAUAACAAUGGUGGUUGUUCCUGUAACUGCGAACAUCCCUUGGCUGGCCGUUGCUCCUGUAACCAUGGACACUAGCUUGACUUAGAUGAGAAAACAUGCAUAGGGAAUGUGUGCUUGGUGAUUUUGAUGGUGGCCAGCUUUGGUCUGGCAGACACUGAUGAAUGUGAGAGUGGAGACGCCUGCUGUGCCCAGCUCCACAUCAGCUAUUUAGGCAGCUAUGAAUGCAGUUGUCAGGAAGGCUUUCAGAUCAGUUCUGAUGGUUGUGGAUGUGAUGAUGUGGAUGAGUGUCUGGAUGUCACUACAGCCUGUGACCAGCUCCGUAAUAACUCUGUGGGAACAUAUGACUGCCCUUGUGAGGAAGGCUACGGAAUUGGAAGUGGUGGGAAAACUUGCAUCUCUUUAGAUGAUGAUGACUUAGAGGAAGAAGAAGAAUUAGAAGUUGUGAGGUUUCCAGGCCUUCUGUUCAGGGGCCUCCCUCUACUGCUUCAUUAUGUUGCUACCUCUCUGCCUCCCACCUACGAACGCAGAGAAUCCGGGAAGUAUACAGAUAGCUGCUACGCGGGUGAGGAUCUGCAUGCAGUUAUCAACAGUAUCGUGGUGAUGGGGAGUGAGGUAGGCAGUUUGGACAGACCAAGAUUGUUUCACAUGCCAGUCUGUUUAGAUCACACUUUCAGACAUGAUUGCAGUCUGAGCUGUGGGGACUACAUGAACUGAGGAUGCCCAAAAGGAUUCUUUGGGAAGAACUGCAAAAGGAGUAACUGCGCCGACAGCGGCCGUGGCCGCUGGGUGUGCGGUGCCUGUCUGUGUGCACCAGGGCGCUGUGGGAGAUUUUGUCAUCUGAACUGUCCCAAGGGGCCCUAGGUUGCUGGCUGCUCUUCAGAAUGUCAGUGUGUGGAGGAGAACACCCUGGAAUGCAGCACCAAAAAUGGCAGUUGCACCUGCAAAUCUGGUUACCAAGGCAACAGAUGCCAGAAAGCUUUCCCUGAUGGCCUCUGGGACCCAGAGUGCCACUUCUCCUGUGGACCCUAUGAGAAUGGAGGUCAGUGCAACAAAAAAACUGGAAACUGUGACUGUCCACCUGGUCACACAGGAAAAGCCUGUAUGUAACAUAAGUAAGUCAUUAACCUAGACAGGAUAACCAGCAAAGUCAAUAAAGGUGUUAGGUUUAUAAAUAUUUUUUACAAUUUCGAACUGCUCUAUGAGACAUUAUGUCAUGUAUAUGUUUCAGUUAUCUAUUGUGGUCCACCAAACCAUCCCAAUAGUUUGUAGUUUUAAAAAUGAUUUAUUAUUUAUUUUGAUACUGUGGGUUGAUGACAUGGUUCUCCUUGUGGUCUCACCUGGAGUCAUUCGUGGCUGCUGCUAGGCAGCAGAUCAGCUGGGAACUGGGCCUGACAGGGCUUCUCAACUAGGGAACUUGGCCUUCCCCAUGCACAGCAUUUCCACACGUUUAGCUGGGACCUCUUCAUCGCAUGGCAGUCUGAAGACAACAAUCCAGGAAGGAGCAUCCCAAAAGUGUGAAAGCAGAAGCUAUAACUUGUCGAAAAGCCUAACUUCAGAAGCCACACAUCAUCAUUUCUGCCACAUUCUUCAGUGAAAACAAGCCACAGGCCAGCCAGAUACAAGGGGAGAAGAGUGACUCUACGUCUGAUGAGAGGAGCAGCGACAUCUCAUUGCAGACAGCCUGCAAGCUGGGACAGAUGGUUACAGUCAUCUUCGGAACCCAUUUACCACAGUAUACUCUUUAAAGUUACACAGAAAGGCACUUUAGGAAUCCGCUAGAUUAUAUUUAUCAUUCUUGUCAGAGUGGGAACAAAUUAUAGACUUAUAAAAAGUGAUGAGUUAAACUGAACCCACUUCACAGAGCCAGUAGAACCACUACCUGCUAUCUCCUUUUGGGCUCGUGAUUCUUACGUAAUCUCUGUUAACCCUGCCUGUAUUACCAUCUCUGCUCCAUCUAUAGUGGAACAGAGUAACCUUAGAACUGGAGGGAAGCUGUGGGCUAGAUGAUAAUGAUGAUAUUUUGAACAUUACCAUUAGCAAAAGCCUGUUGUUGGUGAUUGUCUCUGAUUUUUUGAAGUGUGAGGAGUGAUCUGAAUUAGCUGUCAGUGCUUUGAGCUUUCCGUAAACCAACCACCAAAUAAAUGUAUUUGCUUAAAUGUAAAUAUGAAAUGUAACACUAGGAUAGCAUUUGGCACUUAGCUUAUCAUGUGAUCUUCAGAGGAAAUGCAUUACUGACCCUAAGG